UAUCAAUUCGCCCGCGAAAACGGUUAAAUCGUUGAAGCGCGAGACAUUCGAUUGCGCUACGUGAGUAGAAAGAACUCGACGAACGAGAGCAAAGCAGAAAUAACAACAAGAGUACCUACUACUGCGUCUACUAUUACAACUACAACUACAAAAAACUAAAACAAAAAGAGCAGCAGCAACAACAACAGCUACAAAUUAUUUUACGUGCGCAUGCGUCUCACACUUUAUCUUCGCAAUUCGCCUUCGCCGUUGUCGCCGCCUUCGCCGUCACCGUCGCCGUUACCGUUGCCUUCGCCGUUGCUGUCUCUGUCACUCGCGCACUUCUCACUUAUCUUUGCUGUUGAUUGAUUUCGACUCCAAACAUCAGCUCGCCUGUGCGUACGUGAAUUUGCAUGUGUGUAGGUGUGCAUGCGAAAUACGUAAAGAAAACAGAAAUUGAAUCAAAUACAAUUGAAUAAAAUAAAUUUAAUUCAAUUUAAAGAGCAAUAGAUAAAAAAAAAGAAGAAAAACAGUGCACAGCCAUAAUAACAAAGCUAUAAAUAGUAAGGGCAUUAAAACUUUUGCCAACAACAAAACUAAACUAAACACAGACUCACACACACACGCGUGCGCUCACCCAUACUCGCUCACUUUAACGGAUUGUUUAUUUAAGCGUCAUGUCCACGCCAACCACGCCCAAAACGCCCACACCGCCCACACUGCCGCCGGGCGUGACGAAAGUCUGUCACAUCGUGAAGCGGCCGGAUUUUGAUGGCUAUGGCUUCAAUCUGCACUCGGAGAAGGUGAAGCCGGGCCAGUUCAUUGGCAAGGUGGACGAGAAUUCGCCAGCCGAGGCAGCUGGCCUGAAGGAGGGCGAUCGCAUCCUGGAGGUGAACGGCGUCUCCAUUGGCAGCGAGACACACAAGCAGGUGGUGGCGCGCAUCAAGGCCAUUGCCAACGAGGUGCGACUGCUGCUGAUCGAUGUGGAUGGCAAGGCGAACGAAAUGCCACCGAAAUCAACAUCGCCGACGCCGGCGACCAAUGGCAAUGCUACUAAUAAUUGCAGUCCGCCCAGCUAUGAGGGUACCAAGCAGGAGCUGCCCGGCGCCAGCGCCAACAUCAGCAGCAUCAGUGUGACCAGCAUGAAGCGCGUCUCCAAUGCGAGCAGCACUCAGAGCGGCAGCACAAUGAAUGCCAGCGACAUGGAUGUGGUUGACAGGGGUGUGCCCAUGGCGCCAGCGCCGGUUGUUGGUGUCGCCCCAGUCUCAGCGCAGAAUGGCAGCAAAUCGCCAAGCAACAACAACAACAACAGCAUCAGCAGCAGCAACAACAACAACAACAACAGCAAAAUGAUGAGCACUCCGCCACCGCCAUCAGCCACGGUGGCCAGCAUGAACAACAAUGGCAGCGUCUACAGCAGCAGCACCACCACCACCAACAACACCACCAGCACCACCACCAAUGGCACCACAAAUGUCAUGGGCAAUGGCAAUGGCAGCGCCAUGCCCACAACGCCAGCGACAGGCACGAAUCGUGCCGGCAGUUUGAAUUUGCCGCUGACCGUUGCCGAAAUGCGCGCCAAGCUGGCCUCCAGGAAGAAGUACGAUCCCAAGAACGAGAGCGUCGAUCUGAAAAAGAAAUUCGAAAUUAUACAAAAGCUCUGAGAUGCCCAGAAUCCAGACCAUAUAGCAUGCACCCAGCAUUCGAAACACCGUACUUGUUAUUAUUUUACACGAAGCGCACAAACGAUAAGGUUCGACUAUUAUUAAAUGGCUGGCAGAUCCAUAUCAUAUAUAUACCAUAUAUAUAUAUAUACAUAUAUUGCCCACAUGCUGUGGCAUAUCUUUCUUUAGCUGCGGCAGGCAUAAUAUACUUUGUAAUACUUGAUGAUGAUAAACCUAACUACAGUGUAUUUUAGUAUGCAAAAGUCACUUAUGAAUUAAGCAAGCUUUUAAUUAUUAAAUUUAGCCUAAGCUAAAUAGCUCAAACCACUCCAGGCCCGUAGACAAAACCCAUUGAGAUCCAAAACGAAAUACGAGAAUAAUAUAAAAAGCUAUUUGACAUUGCGCCUAGGUAUGAAGUAAAGAUUUCAAACCCCCCGAAUACAUUCCCAAGACAAAGAAACAAAUAUGUUAAAAAAUUGCAUAAUUUUUGCUCAUACUUUGUUCUUUUUUUUGAUAAUUAUACUACAUAUAUAUAUAAUAAGAUUUUGCUUUGCAUUUGCGGCUAGUUCAUUGGAAACGUUCGUUAAAUCUAUUUUAUCAUAUAUUUACUAUAUAUAUGUAUUUAGCUUACUUAUGUAAUCUUUAUACCGUGAAUAAAGGAAAAUAAUACAAAAAAGAAA